AUGAAUCAAGAACAAGCUGAGACUGUAAAGGACUGCUGCAAGAUUAUAGUAGCCAACUAUCUGAAAAAAAACGGAUUCUCUCAUACGUUGAAUGCGUUUUUGAGGGAGUCUGGUCAGACAUCCAAGGUCCUGAUGGAUAGUGACAAUGGUAGCAUUUUUGAGGCAUUGGAGACCCUGGUGGGCGAAAGGAUCGAAUUCGGGCAAGAGGUUGUUGCACAGGAAAUGCAAAAAUUGACUGUUAACGACAGGCUGGUGGCCAUUGACACCCGGAAGCAUUUCGUUCCGUCGUGGAACCAUCUUCUGAAAUUCAGCGCGGUCCCGUUGGCAGUGGACAAAGAUGCUUUGCCGGGCGGACUACCGCUCAGUGUCUCCUGGUGCGACCCAGACGACUCAUUGAUAAUCUCUACCUCCAUUAAGGAAGUGUGCAUUUACAAGGAAGGCCGGCUGUACAGCGAUUUGAGCGAAUUAGGCAAGAAAAACGGGAUUAUCAGACAGUGUGGAUCCAUUGGGCACACAGGAGCUUAUUACCUUUGCUGUCUGGAUGGAACCUUAUUGGUGGUGAACGAGGGUACUUCGGAUUAUAAAUUCAAGCUGCAUCAAAGGAUUAUCAGUCAUAUUAGCUUCGUACCGCAGGUGGAGGGCUCCUGGGUGAUCGUUUCCUGUGGUCUGGAUAACUAUUUGAAGCUGCAUAAACUAGAUCUGGCAACCGGAGAUUUUGAAGAAUUGUGGAAAGUGAAAUUACUCUCGCCAUGCACAUCAUUACAGAUAGCGCGCAAAGCCAAUGGCUGCGGGAGUUCAGAUGAGAUAAUGAUUUUUCUCACGAGGCAAGACUAUACUCAUGUUAUGUGCUAUACAGUGGCGCGCGAUAGAUUACUUCUAACUUACAAAAUCGCUUUGAAUAACUCACAAUUUAAUGCUUUCUCCUUCAACGUGAGAGAUAUGGUUAUCUUGGGUGACAAAUGUAUUGAUGGGAUACCACAACUGUCUUCAAGAAGUACUCUAGCUGUAGCGACUUCGCAUAUACCUUAUAUGAGGUUAUUACUUGUAGAAAUCCCGACCUGGGAGAGUGCAGCAACUGCAGAAACCACAGAAAAAACGUUUUAUGAUAAAAUGUUGCGUAACAUGGCUACAGAAGUCUCGCAAGAUUCUUAUUCGCAACCAAUUUUGAGGACGCUUGGUAACGGUAAUGGCGGCAUACUUGUUGGCGGAAAUCAGGGACUCUAUGCAAUCGACAUACUUAGAAGUGAUUCCUGGCUUAUUACAGACAUUCCGGAAGUUUUCAGAUCUGAGAGAAUUAAAUGCAUGGAAACCAAUAAAUCAGGCAAUAAACUUGCCAUCUUCUUCUCAAAUCGAUCAUCCUGUAUAUUUAAGGUAGCGGAAAUGGUCACUUGA